AUGCAUGUCCCACACCCUGGCUGUUGGCACAAAACUGUCUUCUACUACAGUGAACUGUUCCAAGAUCCAGCCUCUACAGAAGCACCAUUGGAGCACUUCAAUUACCUAACUCUAACUAGACCCGACAUCAGCUUUACUGUCAAUAAGCUGAGUCAGUUUUUACAAGCACCAACGGAACUUCAAUGGCAAGCUUGUAAGAGAGUUUUAAGGUAUAUCAAAGGUACACAGUAUCAUGGGUUGCAGUUCAGACCAGCUGCAUCUUUGAAUGUUGAAUGUUAUGCUGAUGCAGAUUGGGGCAGCAAUUUAGAUGAUCGACGGUCCACAAGUGGGUACUGUGUUUAUCUAGGUCCUAAUCUUAUCCAAUGGAGUUCUCGAAAACAGAGAGUUGUUGCUCUUUCUUCAACAGAGGCUGAAUAUAGAGCCUUAGCACACACAGCUACUGAAAUAGCUUGGUUGCAAAUAAUUUGGUGUGUUAAUGUCAGUGCUGGUGCUCUUGCUGCAAAUCCUGUUUUUCACUCAAGGACCAAGCAUAUUGAGAUUGAUAUCAUUACAUCAGGGAUCAGUUCUCUCUCUGGUAUGUUAGCAGUUUUUGGAGCUGUUAAGUGUAGUUCUCUGCUGUUUGGAGCUGAUAAAGUGCAGUUCUCUGCUGGAGUGUAUGAAAAUGCAAUGCAGUUUUGA